GAUGGCAUCGAGGACUGGAUGGACAGUUCAGCGGUCAGGGGGCUCCUGGCGGACAUGCUCCAAGCCACUGAGAGACUCUGCCUCCUCUUCGGCAGCCGGAUCCAUGUGCAGAAUUCCUUCGCGGGCCUGAAGACGGACAACCUGGAACUUCGACCGCUGCAGGCGCGCGACGCCGCGCAGCUUUUCCUCUUCCGAGUGCACCGCCAUCUCUACUGGAAGGACAUUUGGAAGAACAAGGAGGAGUGGAUGUCCAAAGCCAAAAACUGGUACGGGGACGCUGUCUACAGCAAGGUUGCUGACCGGUCGCAGCUGGAAACUGGCGAAGUUCCCAUUGCCUUGCAACGCGAGAAUCGGGAGGAGGUCCUAGAUGCGCUGGCCGCAAUGCCGUUGCUGUCGGAGUUCUGCCAAGGCAUCCCUCUGAGGAUCCAGCAAACGGCAGAGCGAGUGACUGCCACUUUGCCCUGCCUCUGGGACCUGCACGCACAGCUCCGCUCAGAGCGCGAUCGCGGUCGUGCCGAGAUCCAGCAGCGACUGUUGGCGAAGAAGGCGACGAUGAGGCCGGGCGCGCGUCAGAUCGGCAGCGCCUGGCAGCUCGGGAAGGUGAUUGGUCAGGGAGCCCACGGAGUGGUCUAUCACGCUUUGGAUUCGGCUUCAGGCGAGUCCUUUGCCGUGAAGGUCGUGGAGGAGUCUAAAGAGCUCCACCAGGAAGGUCUCUGGAACACGAGCACAUCGUGCCGGGCUCAGAUGUGA